CACCACAGCAAGAUUGCUGCUCACUUGUCGUCGUUAGUCCUGACCGCCCUUUCCUGUUCCUGACGCAGCACGACCAUCCACCGCGGCCUUGCACAUGUACAGGCGAUGCUGACGCUGUAGGGGAGAUCCAGGGUGCGGGCCGCGGACGGCUCCACACGGCUCUGCCAAUCCGGGUGCCCUCAUGCAGGAGAGGGCGUCCGGAGCCUGUAGGCGCUAGGGAGAGCUGGAGGGGACGUGGCAGAGACAUGGGGGAGCAGGGUGGGCUUCCCGGGAGGGAGGAGGACGCAGACGUUUUGCUUGGGGCGGGCUGGCUAGUUGCUGGCUGUUCAGGCACCUUGAAGUAGGCCAGCAGCUGCUGGCGUAGGGAUAAAUAAAACAAGAAUGGGUCAUGGGAGCGUCUGUGUUAGCCGCUCGCGCUUGUUGGCCAGGGACAUGCAGCAUGCAAUCAAGGUCGGCGGUUUGAUUGAGCUGCGGCUGCGGGUCCCGUAGAUCCCAGCCGUACUUUAGGCUCUCCCCAGUCCAAAGUGGUGCCAUGACGCCCGCAAGUGCCCCUCCUGCUAUGCCGCUACCAUGUACUCCCCCAUCCCGCCUGCAUCUGAACCCACACUUCAGUUGACUCUCGCCGCCACCCCUGCAACAGGAAUCAGCCAGGCACGAGAGCAGCUCACAACGUCGCUGGCUGUGCUGGAGCUGGCGUGCCGGUUCCGGCCCACCCAGCUCGCCAGCCUGCACGGCAUGUUCACGCCGUACCGUCGCUGGUAGUCGUCUAGUUUGGUGGCACAGGCGUUCAUGGUCGGUAUCCUGGACGGCGAGGCGCUGGAGGCUCGGCCCGACCUGGAGACGGACCUGCAGGUGCCGCUGGUCAGCAUGGACCUGCAGACGCCGGCGUGGGGCGAGGGCGCGCCCACAAUGGAGUUGCCGCUCGAGGUGUACCGGUUCGGCGAUGAGGGCAGCCUUGUGGCGGCACCAGAGGCGGAGUCCAUGCUGACCAGCGGCACCUGCAGGUCCGUCUCCAGGUCGGGCCGAGCCUCCAGCGCCUCGCCAUCCAGGAUACCGACCAUGAACGCAUGUGCCGCCAGGCUAGGCAACCGCCAGCGGCGGUACGGCGUGAAUACGUCCUGCAGGCUGGCUAGCCAUACAUGGUAGCAGCAUAGCAGGAGGGGCACUCAGCGGGCGUCAUGGCACUUGCAUCAUGCACGCAGAGCGGAGUGGGGAGAGCCUAACGCAUGGCUGGGACCUACGGGACCCGAAGCCGCAGCUUGCGUGACAAGCGACAGAGUGUGUGUGUGUGUGUGACAAGAGUGAUGAUGCCGCUGUCGCUGGUGGGGUGAGCGCGCUGGCUCGCUGCUGGCUGCUGCUAACAAACUUGCGGAAACCUUGCGUGCUUCAAGUGCUCCACGCAACGGACUACGUGUGUGUGUGAGAGACGAAUGAUAAGCGCAUGCGUCGCUCGUUGCGCAGAUUGAUGGUCGUGGAAACGUCCUACAGGUUGGCACUGCAUGUUUCGCAGCUCCUUGACCUGUUUGUAGACAUGAGCGACGUUGGUGGUGUGGUUGUGUCUGUUCACUUUGCUGCAUGCGUGGGACCUGGGGGCGUGGAGUUAUGGUACGCCGGUUGUAAGUUGUAAAGAUG